ACACACACACCUUUGCUUCUAUCUAUUCUAUUCCUUUUCCUAUCAAGUUAUUUUCAUCACUAUCUUUAGUUUCCUAUUCCAUCAGCAUUCCCCUUAACUCUGGCACACAAUAAGCGGGAGCUGGGACGAAAGGCCAAGUGCGUAGUGAGCAUGAAGGGAAAUAUCACCACGGUCACCAACCCUGAUGACUCGGCCGAUGUCAAGUCCUUCACCUACGACUACUCUUACUGGAGCUUUGACGGCUGCAAGGAGGAGCCCAAUGGCUACUUUGCCAAGCAGUCACCCAACUCCAAGUAUGCUGAUCAGAACACGGUGUACAAUGAUCUGGGAGGUGGAGUCUUAGCAAACGCCUGGGCUGGUUAUAACUCCACACUGUUCGCUUAUGGGCAGACAGGCUCGGGAAAAUCUUGGUCUGUCAUUGGAUAUGGAUCCAAUAAAGGAAUCGUGCCAUUGUUCUGUAACGAUUUAUUUAAUGGCAUCACACAAAACACAGAGGAGAAGGAGUUUGAAGUGAGGUUCAGCAUGUUGGAGAUCUACAAUGAGGUAGUUCAUGACCUGCUCAACCCCACCAAGAGCAAGAAAGGCCUCAAGGUCCGCCAACACCCGAAGAAAGGCUUCUAUGCUGAAGGCCUCAAGCUGGCUCUGGUCACCAACUACAACGAAAUUGAGCAGAAGAUGAACGAGGGCACCGUCAACCGCACCAUCGCCUCCACCAACAUGAACGCCACCUCAUCCCGCGCCCACACCAUCGUUGGCAUCACCGUCAUACAGAAAUUCAAAAACAAUGCUGGACAAGAAACAGCAAAGCAGGCCGUUGUGAACUUGGUGGAUCUGGCUGCAUUCCCCUUAACUCUGGCACACAAUAAGCGGGAGCUGGGACGAAAGGCCAAGUGCGUAGUGAGCAUGAAGGGAAAUAUCACCACGGUCACCAACCCUGAUGACUCGGCCGAUGUCAAGUCCUUCACCUACGACUACUCUUACUGGAGCUUUGACGGCUGCAAGGAGGAGCCCAAUGGCUACUUUGCCAAGCAGUCACCCAACUCAAGUAUGCUGAUCAGAACACGGUGUACAAUGAUCUGGGAGGUGGAGUCUUAG